AUGGAAUCUCAAUCAAGAAAAUCGUCUACUUUGCGGACGCUUUCUGGAAUUUGGAAUGGGACUCUUGGCUCGUCUUCUGAUUCCAUUGCUGGUGUUGACCGAAAGCACAACACACGUCCUAAGCAUGUAAGGAGUUCGUCUACAAAAAUAUAUCCGAUUAAGACUGAAAUGAACGGAAGCUCUCCUCAAGGAAGUACUUUGUCUAGCCCAGUUGUCUCGCCCUCCUCACGGUCAAUUACAGAGACGAAGUCAAGUCCUCCUCUUCACGCACCAAUAGCUAGAUCUAGUACUUCUUUAGAAGGCGGUAUUGGAAAACGAGUUUCAUCCAAGUUUGCCAAAUAUCUUUCACAAACAGAUGAUGCUUGGGGUUUGUCUAACGUGAUUACUCCGAAAUCACUUUGUAAGUCUGCCAGAUCGUCUACACCUACGUCUUCUGGUCGGAGCGUUUUUCCAAGAGGAGGACAAGACCCUACCUAUUCGAGGACGAUGCCUUCAUUUAGCAGAGCUUCCUCCUGUCAAUCUACUCCACGUUCGGUCGAAGUGGAAAUUGCAGAAGCAAACGCACAUAUUUCUCGUAUAAAGAAGUUUAUACGAAUUUUAGAUGCCCCUGUGGUUGAUUUAAAUGCUUUGAGAACUUUGGCAUGGAAUGGUAUACCCGCCCAGUUACGACCUAUCGUUUGGAAGUACUUGUUAGGAUACCUGCCGUGUAAUGCCUCUCGUCGCGAUUCAACAUUACAAAGGAAAAGAGAUGAGUAUUUAAGUGCAAAGGACGCCAAUUUUCGCACUGGGUCGGAUCUGUCUGUUCUUGAUCAGAGUAUUUGGCGUCAAAUCGUCCUUGAUGUUCCUCGUACAAACCCUUUUAUACCCCUUUAUCAAAAUCCCGUGACCCAAAGAAUCCUUGAACGCAUACUUUAUGUUUGGGCUUCACGGCACCCUGCAAGCGGUUACGUUCAAGGUAUAAGUGAUCUUGUAACUCCAUUUUUCCAAGUCUUCCUUUUCGAAUAUACUGAUGAUAACGAACCUAUGACUUAUGACGUUUCUCUUUUUGAUGAACCUACACUCAACAAUAUAGAAGCCGAUUCUUACUGGUGCCUCUCCAAAUUAUUAGAUGGAAUCCAAGACAAUUAUAUUCAUGCUCAACCAGGAAUCCAUCGACAAAUCAAUAACCUUCGCGAACUAACAUUACGAAUAGAUGAGCCUCUUGUUGCGCAUCUCCAGGCAGAGGGUGUGGACUUUAUGCAAUUCAGUUUUCGUUGGAUGAAUUGUCUUUUGAUGCGUGAGUUAAGCAUUACAAACAUUAUUCGUAUGUGGGACACAUAUUUGGCCGAAGGAACACAAGGAUUCUCGGAAUUUCAUUUGUAUGUUUGCGCCGCCUUUUUGGUUAAAUGGUCCAUAGGGUUACAACAGAUGGAAUUCCAAGACAUAUUAAUGUUUUUACAGUCAAUCCCUACUGACAGCUGGACUGUCAGUGAUAUCGAAGUUUUACUUUCUGAAGCAUUUCUUUGGAAGUCGCUAUAUAGUGGAGCGGGUGCCCACUUGAGACGAUAA